GUGCAUUUUUGCAGCAUUCAAAAUGCGUUAAAAUCCUUGUUACACAUAACUCGAAACUGCCAUUCCAGCCAAGGUCUCGUGGCACGUUUAAAAUGCAAUUUCUUAAACAACUAUUAACAAAAUAUGACAGAGAUUAGGACGGGAAACAUGAAAAUGUCGCCUAAAGUGAGGACUAGUGUUUCGGAAGUGUUGUUCGCGUUUACGUUGCUCAUCUUCAGUACGGCGAACGCUCAGGAUAAUAAUGUGUGUCCCACGUUCAAGGACUAUUAUACGAUGAAGAAUAACUCGAAUUGUUGGUACGAUUUAGCGGCAGAAUCCAGCGCUCCAGAAAUUAUUCGACGUAUGGGUUAUCCAGUUGUUACUUACAAGGUCCAGACUCCAGAUGGAUACAUUCUAACAAUGUUCAGGAUACCGAACGACCAUUCCAAAAAUCCAAAUGCGCGGUAUCAUCCUAUAUAUUUACAGCAUGGAUUGGUGGCAACAUGCGCCACGUUUUUAGGCAAAGGAAAAGAUUCUUUAGCGUUUGUGCUGUCUGAUGCUGGAUACGAUGUUUGGCUGGGAAACUACAGAGGAAACGCCUAUUCUGAGGAGCACAUCAAUUUGACAGUUUAUGAUCAAGAAUACUGGAACCAUGGAAUGGACGAAGUAGCCCUUGUUGACCUUCCUGCCAGCUUCAACACGAUUCUUAAAUACACGGCACCAGGAAGCAAGAUCAUCUUCAUUGGACAUUCCCUAGGAACAGCUGUAUCCUUAAUGUACACAGCUGAAUAUCCAGAUAUAUCCAGUCGGGUCGUUAAGAUGUUGGUAUUGUUAUGCCCCGCAUACACUUUGAGCAAUAUGAUAUCACCGUAUAGAACUCCAGCACCAAUGGGUGAUUUUGUAUUGGAUACAAUUAGAAGGUUACGGUUAGAAAGAAUCGUAUCUCAAGCGCAGGAACUUAGAAGAUUGGUGGUACCACCUUGUAUGGAGUCCCCAGAAAUGAUGCAAAACUGUAUGCAAAUGUACAACCUGUUCUAUGGACCCAAUACUGAUUUAGGACCGGAAAGCAUUCCAGUUUACUUUAACCAAUUGCCUGGUGGAACUUCCAUAAAGAUUUUAAACCACGCUGCUGAUCUAGUUUUGGGAAAUUUUAGAAAAUACAACUAUAAAAGACUUAACUACAAAGUGUAUGGUAGAAAAUCCCCACCGAUUUAUAAUAUUAAAAAGCUCAAAGUUCCUGUUUACCUCGUGUAUACCUCUCAAGAUUGGGCUACACCAGAGGCUGACGCCUUGAAUUUGUGGAGGAACCUGCCCAAAUCCAGCAGAUAUGGAAUGUUAAAGAUUAAUAGAAAUACGUUUAAUCACAUCGAUAUGGUCUUUGGUAGACAUGCUAGAGAGUGGGUGUAUGAUCCUUUAGUAAGAGUAUUAAAUAAAGCCAUAAGCGAGUAAAUUUUUAUUUGCUAUUACAUAUAUUUAAAAUUAUACCUUCCUGAGUUCCUGAUAUUUAUAUUGUCAUUAAUUUAAAUUAAUUUAAACUUCCAUUAUCGAUUUGUUUUACCUAUUGCACUUAUUUAGUUAGUUUUUGGAGAGCUGAUAUAUCAACUGCUAUCAGCUGGUGGAGUUUAUAUCAGUCUUUUGUAACUAGGUUAAACGCAGUAUUUUAGAUAAAGUCCAAUCCUGUCUACAACUUUUCAAUAAAAAUCUAGAGCCUAAAGAGUCUUCCAAAAAUAAAAAAAAAAGAUGCAACAAG